AUGUUGCUCCGACCCGAUGGUCCCCGCCACCCUGUGCAGUGUGCACUCUCUUUAAGUACUAACUGUGCGGGUGGUUCGCAGACGUCGGAGUGCUACCUGUACCCGAGGUUCGAGGCGCUGGAGGGGGGAGACACGCCCAGCUUCGCGGAGGUGCACGCCUACCUGCGGGACGGCAUCGCCCUGGACUUCGUGGACGACUACCGCCGCCACGUGCCGCCCCCCCUGCCUCCCGCUGACUGUCCCCCCUCUCCCCGUCCCCUUCCCCCUGCCCCCUCGCCCGCCGGCGUGUGUCUGUCGGCGGCCGAGUGCGAGUCCUUCUGUGUCCUGAGCCGCGUGGACCCGGCCGCGGCUCACCGGUUCAUGUUGGAGGCGAUGUCCCGCGCGCUGGUCCCCGCCCCUCCGGCCCCUCCCCCCGCGCCGCCGCGCUCCCCGCACUCCUCGUCGUCCUCAAUGAACUCCGAGGGGAGAGGGUUCCCGUCCCCCACAUACUACAGCCUCCUGCGACCGCCCCCGGGCUUUGAGACAGACUAG